GAAGAGACAACAACACAUCUUGGGAAUUAUGAAGGGACUAGCAGUGGAUUUCUCUUUUGCGCUUCUCAUUCUUCUGAAGGUGGAUUUGGUUCUGGGUCUCACCGGGCAGCCUUUUCUUGGGAUGCAUCCUGACACGCUGCUCCGUGGGAUGAGCAGCGGAUCCAGACGCACCGUGCAGCGGCAGCAGACCAGCAGGCUGCCCCUCUACAUGAUGCAGCUCUACCGGACCAUGCUGACCGAGGACCGGGCUAGGACUCCGGCUGCCGUGAGCCACACCAGGGAGGAAGACAAUCCGGUUCUUCACGACUCCGACUCUGUCAUCAGCCUUGUCGCUAAGAGCUGCCAGCAGAUUGGCAAGAGGUGGUCCGUCACCUUUGACAUGUCCUCCAUGUCUGCAAGCGACAACAUCCAACUGGCUGAACUUCGCAUCCGCCUGCCCGCCUUCACAGAGUCUUCCCGAGCCUCAGUGGACAUCUACCACUCCCACAGGGACCGAUGCUCCGGCAUUCACUGCCCAGAGAACAGGCUGUUCUUGGGGCGUCUGAGAGCUCAUCCCAGUUCCAUGGUCUCCCCGUCCUCCUGGAAGGUGUUCAACAUGACAGAGAUGCUCCGUCUGUGGCUGCAGCGGGAGCAUUCCUCGCAGAGGAUGGAGGAGGAGGAGGAGGAGGUGAAGGAGGAGGAAGAGGAGGGAGUCCAACACCCUACAGCUGACCGGGUCAUGAUGGUGGUCUUCUCAAGGCAGAACACGAACAGCCAGCGAAUGCCAACACUCAAACGCACAGCAGAGCACUCCAAGUACGUGAGCCUGGACAGGGAGAGAGUGGCUGUUGGAUCUGGUUCUAGGAUCAGGAACCGCAGGGCCAAGAGGCACCACCAGACCCAUCACGAGGGUCAGAGGGUUGUUGGAGCUGCUCCUGCCAACAAGCCCAUGGAGGAGGAGAAGAAGGGUCCUCUCUGCAGAAAGGUGGACAUGUGGGUGGACUUUGAGAAGAUCGGAUGGAGUGAGUGGAUUGUCUACCCCAAACGGUACAACGCCUUUCGCUGUGAAGGGAGCUGUCCUACACCAGUAGAUGAGACCUUCACCCCAACUAACCAUGCAUACAUGCAGAGCCUGCUGAAACUUCACCACCCAGACAAAGUGCCAUGCCUGUCCUGUGUGCCAACCCGCUUGGCACCGCUUUCCAUGUUGUACUACGAGAACGGGAAGAUGGUCAUGAGGCAUCAUGAGAACAUGGUGGUGGAGGAGUGCGGCUGCCACUGAGCAAAAGACCUGAAAACCUUUUGGUUAAAGGUCAGAUAGACUGGAACCACUAAGCCGUAGACCCAGAGGAGUCUCCAGCCACCGAGCUACUCAGAGGCACAAAGUGGACGUAUGUCCACAGGCACUUCACACACAUGUCCAGUUUGACACUGGGACAGAGGCAACUGCUGCGAUGCAGGACAGGAAAGAAGGACACUACUGUAUCCAGGGCGCCACUCUCUAAAUUAUGGGUUUAAAAAUGAAGAGCUAUAAAUUGUUGGUACUUUUUGCACGAUAUUGGCUGACCUAAAUUGCGCCUUAAAUUGUAAUGGAUGAGCUAUAAUUGAAGGUUAUAAGGACUGAUUAUGGUAAUGGAUUGAUCAAGACAAAAAUACAAUAUGGCCACCGACAGAAGCACUAUAGAAGAGUCACAAAAACAGUUCCACAAACUGUUUCAAUCCAAUUUUUUUUAAAUGCCAUUGACAUGAUUUAUGCAAAUAUCAGAAUGGUGUA